GUCGAGAUAGAUGUCGCUUUUGAGCCGACGCGAGUCGACCCCAAGCUAGCUUGCUCUGGGAACAUUUGCUUCGAGCUCCAUACAUUUUCUUCUGGUUCUCUACGUCUAUAGUUUGGUUGUGCACCAGUUCAAAAAUAAUUUCAAAAUUUUUGCCCUCAGGAAAAAAGUUAAAAUGACGGACAAGCCUAAGCGUCCCAUGUCAGCUUACAUGCUGUGGCUGAACAGUGCCAGGGAACAGAUCAAGUCUGAGAAUCCCGGCAUGAAAGUCACCGAAAUUGCCAAAAAGGGUGGCGAGAUCUGGAAAUCGAUGAAGGACAAAUCUGAAUGGGAGGAAAAGGCCGCCAAAGCCAAGGAGCAAUACGCGAAAGACCUUGAGUCAUACAACGCCAACGGAGGAGGUGGCGAGGGUGGCGGCAAGAAGGCACAGAAGCGAGGAAAGAAGGGCGGCAAGAAGGCGGCACCUGCUAAAUCCAAGAAAAAGAAGGAGGAGUCAGAAGAUGAGGAUGGUGAUGAAGAGGAAGAGGAAAGCGAAUGAUCUCCCAACUUAAUACGACAUUACUGUUCAUAUUGAAUAAUUUACUUGGACUUAAUUUAUUACAAAGUAAAAUGGGACUGACUUUCCAAAGUCUGUAUGACAUUUCA